UUACAAUUUCCUCAAUUUCUCUGCCACCAAACGGAUCUCCCAACCGGCCACCGCCACAACAACUGCCACCACCAAUGGCGUCGGCAGCCAAAUCCAUCGUCCAGACUCUGAAACGCUACAUAAAGAAGCCAUGGGAGAUCACCGGCCCAUGUGCUGACCCAGAGUACAAAUUGGCCGUCCCUAAAGCCACCGAAUACAGGCUCUUUUGCCCGGCCACCGCCUCCGCUCAGGCCAUCGUGCCCUCCUCCGACCCCGAGACUGUCUACAACAUCAAGUACUUCUCUCGUGACCAGCGCCGUAACCGACCCCCAAUUAAGCGCACAAUCCUCAAAAAGGCUGAUGUCGAGAAGAUGAUGAAAGAGAAGACUUUUGAUGCUGGUGAUUUUCCGCCAGUUUACUUGACUGCAAAAGUGGGGGAGGACUAUAACGCCAGAGGCGGAGGGUACCAGUAAUAAGGCUUCUGGCAGCACAGCGAAGGACUUGUUGGCCAACAAUAAAUCUGGUCAAUGGUGAUUCAAAUUGUUGAUUAAAUUUACUGUGACAGGAUUGUGAUUCUGGUUGUUCUCUCGAAAAUGCUUGUGUUUCUUUUCUUUUUUCAUCUCUUUUAAGACACUUCAGACGGAACAACUUAGACAUUGAAACCAAUAGUCCCAUAACUGUUCAAUUCGAAAAAUAAUGUAUCUAUCUUGUUGUAGAUUACCUGGUUUGGUUUAGGUGAUUGAUGAUGCCAGGAGGAGUGAACUGGAUACAAACCUGACUUUCAUACGCAUGUUUGUGUAAAGUAGUUGGUCUUAGAUUUUAGUAUAUAAUCUCGCGAUUGUGCACCCUACACAUUUGGAAACAGAUAUCAAUUGCAUACCAUCUGGUUGGUUACUUUUGCUUGUUUGUCGAACCGACUUAACGAGUGUAUGGCUGUUAGAAAAUGGCUUAGAAUUGAUGGAACGGACUUCCUUAGAUGUGCCCUGCUGAGGGAUUCCACAGAAGAUAAAAAUCAUCCAAGGAUGCCCAUACCCAUUCUCCAAGCUUUGAAGCUACAUUCUUCAUUUUUUUCUGGCCAGGCAUGUUACCAUUUUAUUUCGUGUGUUGGCAGCAUGGCUGCUUAACAUAAGUUCUUAUGGACUUUUAGCGGUGAAUUUGUUUCAAGGUGUUGGUUAAUUUGGGAGUUGAGAACGUAGUAGAUAGUGAGAAUGAUAAUAUCUAGCCAAACUUGGCACAGAGAUGCUGAGAUGGUGACCCCUCACAUGAAAGGAGAACGUUACAGAGACUCUUUUUACUCCAUAAGUGAUGAAUAGCGAAUGUUCUUAUAUUUCCUGUAAAAUUUUGCAAAUUGUUAUAUUGGUUUGGCACUAAAAAUGUUGGGGAAGACUUUAUUGGAUUGAGUUGAGUUGUUGCAUUGGUUGGCACUCGAUUUAAUCAUGAGCUAACAACAAACAUAUGGC